ACACCAUAACAAAAACCCUUUCUCAUAAGUCAUACCGCUUCUUCUAGCCUACACAUUUGGCACAACAAAAGCGAGAUCUGGGGCAUUGGAAUCGGAGGAUUGCAGCGAUCAAUCGAGAUGCAAGCCACGACAAGGGCCGCCCACCGCCUUGUCUCUCAGUCUCUUCUCCGUUCCAACGCCGCUCGUGCUCCGCUAUCCUCCGCACUUGCCUCCCAGAGGACCGUGCCUACCUCCGCCCUUUGUGCCACCGCCUCUGAUGUCUUCGUCGCACCCCAGUCGAGACGGUGGCUUUUCCCUCCUCCUGUUUCUUCGAGGAGGUUCCCUGUCUGCUUCGUGGGGGCGUUGUCCUUCUCGAUCACCUUAGUCACCGCGGCGGAGGCCAAGGAGCCGCCCUCCCCCGAGCGGAUCCCCAAAGAUGUUGUUCUCUAUCAGUAUGAGGCAUGCCCCUUCUGCAACAAGGUCAAAGCAUUUCUUGAUUACCAUGACAUACCAUACAAAGUUGUGGAGGUGAAUCCUAUAAGUAAGAAGGAGAUAAAGUGGUCUGAUUAUAAGAAGGUCCCUAUUCUGGUUGUGGAUGGAGAACAACUAGUUAAUUCAUCAGACAUUGUGAAAAACCUAGAUAACAGGUUGCAUUCCGAGCACUCUGUUCUUGAUGAGGAAGAGGCCAAAUGGCUUAGGUGGGUUGACGAUCACCUUGUCCAUAUGUUGUCGCCAAAUAUAUACAGAACUACUUCAGAGGCACUGGAAUCUUUUGACUACAUAGCUAAGCAUGGGAACUUUAGUUUUACAGAGAGAUUCACUGUGAAAUACGCCGGAGCUGCAAUCAUGUACAUGGUGUCCAAGAAGCUGAAGAAGAAAUAUAACAUUACUGAUGAACGCGCUUCAUUGUACGAAGCUGCACAAACAUGGACAGCAGCUCUCGAGGGCAGAGAUUUUCUUGGUGGCUGUAAGCCUAACUUAGCUGACCUUGCUGUUUUCGGUGUUUUGAGGCCGAUACGGUACCUGAGUGCUGGCAAAGAUAUGGUCGAGAACACUAACAUCAGCGACUGGUACCAAAGAAUGGAAACUGCUGUUGGAGAAUCAGUUAGGAUAACAAUUUAGCAUGCAAGUACCUUUUAUUUCUUUAAUAAAUAGGUGUUCUUCUUGUUAGAAUUUUAUCCCUAUGGCAUGGCAAAACAAUAGCCAGACAUAGUUCCGGAGACAGUUUGAGCUAUUAAAAUCUGUCUCGGGAUGUUUUGUGACUCUUACAACAUUUGUUUGGAUGCUUUAUUCUUCUUAAAAACGAAUAAUCAUUAUAUGUAUGACAAUUUUAACAAAUCAUUCUUGGCAAUUUCAUUUGCCUAUCGUUAUUAUAUUGUUUAUCCGAUCUUUGAGGGUAAUAUGUUUUUUUGUUGAACUAAAAA